AACCAAUCAGCGUUGCUUCAGCUUGGAAAGCUGCCUUGAUAUUUGAUCUGACCAUGGUUUAUGUAGAUCUGCAUCGUCGGAGGCUGAUAAGACAUUCACUUUUUAUUGGAUUCCAAGCCGACGCAACUGGAACAUGGGGUGACAGGCAAGGUCAAUUCUGAAUCUAUCUUGUACCCCUGCAUUUCUUACGGCUCUGUUAUCAGAGUUAUCAGAGCUAUCAGAAGCCGUUCUCUAUCGUGAAGGCAAUUUCGGGAACCUAUCUAUAGAGAAUUCCUAGGUACCUACUUAGGUGGGCAGAGUUGCUCAUCAUGAGUUAGCCUUCAUGACGUCUUGGCUCAAUACUCUUGUCAAGACAAGAAAGUUUUGGUUCUGUCUGUUAAUCAAUUCCAAACUACACAUGCCAAAUCAAAAUCUGCCACCACCUACCAUGAAGAGGCCGUCGAUGACCGAGCUUAAACGGAGAGUUACCUCCGCCCACUCUUGGGAGAUUCCCAAGAAAACGGGGACGCUCGCACCAUCACACGUAUGGACAAACCGUGAUAUGGACCCUACGCCCAUCGAGGAUCAGACUUGGAAUACAUGGAGUAUUCUGGCUUACUGGGCUACCGACACGAUCAACCUGGCGACAUGGCAAACGGCGUCCGCGAUUCUUGCCGUAGGAUUAAGUUGGCGGGAAGCGAUUCCAAUCAUGGUCGUCGGGAACUUCUGCGUCGCUGUGGGGCUUGUGCUAAACGGUGCUAUCGGUGCAAAACUCCACGUUCCCUUCUCCGUCAUCACGGCCAGUAGCUUCGGGUACUAUCUGAGGUACUUUUGCAUCAUCAGUCGGGCUAUCCUAGCCAUGUUUUGGCUGGGUGUACAGGGAGCGAACGGUGCUCAGUGCGUCACGAUUAUGUUGCGAGCUUGGGCGCCCUCAUACAACGACAUACCUAACCACUUACCCGCAUCUUCCGGCAUCACCACACAAGGGAUGAUAUCCUACUUCUUGUUCUGGAUCAUCCAACUACCGUUGCUUCUUAUACACCCCACGAAGUUACGACCCCUCUUCUGGGUCAAGCUCACGGCGGCGCCCGUCGCUGCUAUCGCUAUGAUGGGAUGGUGUGUCAAGAAAGCUGGAGGGGGCGGCGACAUCUUCGCUUUGCGCGCGACCGUGGGUGGACCGCAAUACGCAUGGCUAUGGCUUAGUUGUAUGUCGAGCGUAACGGGAACUUGGAGUACAUUGGCGGUAAACAUACCGGACUUCACAAGAUAUGCGAGAUCCGCCAACGGUCAAUAUAUACAGCUGCCGGCGAUGCCGAUGAUAUUUACCUUGUGUGGUGUACUUGGUAUCGUCACGACGUCGGCGAGUAAGGUGUUUAGCGGAGACUACCUAUGGAAUCCCCUCGAAAUCCUCACCAUCUGGCUUGAAUACGGCCCAGGCGGGCGAUGCGCUGCUUUCUUUGCUGCCCUCGCCUGGUACGUUGCGCAGGUCGGAACUAACAUCACGGCCAAUUCAAUAUCGGCGGCUAAUGACUUGACUGUUCUUUUCCCUCGCUGGAUCAAUAUCAGGCGAGGAUGCAUGAUUGCUGCAGUCAUCGGAGGCUGGGUAUUAGUACCGUGGAAGAUACUGAGUUCUGCUCAAACUUUUCUCGCUUUCAUGGGUGGAUAUGCUGUCUUUCUCGGACCAAUGGCUGGGAUAAUGGUGGCUGACUACUGGCUCGUUAAGAGGAAGCAUAUCGACAUACCAGGCCUAUACAAUCCUGACGGACGGUAUCGUUACCACGGCGGUUGCAACUGGCGCGCGGCGAUCGCCUUUAUCGUGCCCGUUGCACCUUUACUUCCCGGUCUAGGCUUAAGUAUCAGUGGCUCUAGCGUCGUCCAUAUCAACAACGGUGUUACUAACCUUUAUACCUUCAACUGGUUGUUCGGCUUUGUGACUUCCAUCGUCCUUUACACAGGCCUAAGCUUCGCGGUACCUGCGAAGGAGACACUACUCAAAGAUACGAUCUGGGAUUUGGAUGGCACUUCCAUCUUGGCACAUAUGCCGGACGAUGACGUUGGGGCUGAGAAAGCUUCUGGCUCUGUCCCGUCUGAAAAAAUAGGGAUAUCCGAUGCGAAAUCCUCGUGAAGAGACCGAUGAUUUCCCUACGGCGAGCCUAAUUUGCUAUAGAAUCGAUGUCCAAGUUUAAAUGAACUGACCUUCCCACUCUACGGAAUAGGCACCGCUGCAUUUAGAUGACAUUCACAUAGAUGAAAAUUCAAUUCGAAAAUUUAUUGUUUGA